AUGAGCGGCAACGAGGCCCCCCGCAGCAAGAGCAUCGAGGAACAGACUCGGGCUGACUCACGGCGUAGGCGGCAGGAGCGAAAGAAGGCCCAGCUGGGGGCCCUUAAAACCGGUGUCUGGGACCGGUGCCUGUACCGUGUCCCUGGCAAGGGGCGAUACUGUGCACAGCACAGGAGCAAGCACAGCGCAUCGUUCUGCGGGACCCACAUGGGCGAGACGGCGGAGAAGGGCAAGAGGGUGCCCUGUCCAGUGGACCCGAAUCACACGGUGUUCGAGCAGCAGCUAUCCUCUCACGUAAAGAUCUGCAACCUGGCGCUUCAGCAGGCCCGCAUGGUGGCUCAGCCGUACUAUUCAGAGGGCAUUAACUCUGGGCCCCCGCUUCUCCCCGGAGAGGAAGAGGAGGAGAAGAACAAGGAGAAGGAGGAGGAGGACAGGGGCGAUGUUGCUGUCGUCGCUGCUGUUGCCGCCGCAGCCGCCCUGGACGAUGCGUUUGUGGUAGACCUGCUAUCCCGGGUCGAAGCGGCGCACCGAGACCUCGUCGGGGAAAUUCCCACGGAGGUGCUGGAUCCUCCGGAGGUGCAAGCGCUACACAGGGGGCUCGUUGGUCCCGCCGGUGGUGACAACGGUCACGGCGAGAACGGCCCGAGCGUGCUGCACGUGGAGAUGGGCGCGGGCAAGGGCACCCUGGGGCAGUCCAUCGCCACUGCCUUUCCAGGGUCCGACGUUACCAUGGUUGAGCGCUCCUCCGUUCGACGAAAGGCAGAGAAUCGUCUGGAGGGCGUGAGCACGAGGGCGAGGAUCGACAUCCGCGACCUCAACAUGGGUGGCCUGCCUUCCCUCACGGCCGAGGGGGACGACAGACCGGUCGUAGCGGUCGCCAAGCAUCUGUGUGGGGUGGCGACCGACUUAGCUCUCAGAGCAAUGCUAACCCUUCCCCCCCGACCGGAGAGCCGUGACGCCGACGACGGUGGCCACGUUGGCAACGGUGACCCGACGGCCGCCCCUGCGGCGGCGACGACAAGGGUGGGAGGGGUUGCGAUCGCCACGUGCUGUCACCACGUGUGUAACUGGAGGGACUACGUGGGCAGGGACUUCUUGACGCAGCAGGGUUUCUCUGCACGCGACUUCGAAGCCAUGCGGCGAAUCUCCGCCUGGAUCAGCCUGGAACCAGACGCCGGUGCCCGGAAGAACAACAGAUACCCCGACGACAGACACCCCGGGGUAACUUCUUCGCCGUCUUUUUGUCGGAAAACUCCCGGAGAAACUGCGUCGGUGGCGGCACGAUCACGACGCCCGGCAGCUGAAACGAGAAAGCUAGAACCAGUCCUUGAACCAGGCGGUGGUGAUUGUCCGCGGCCCGGAGAACGCGAGGCUUACGGCUGGAGUGGAGGUGGGCCUGGAGAAGCACGAGAAGGGACAUGGACAGAACAAUUAUGUGGGGAAAGAGAAGACAGUCUCGAGCGUGCCAGAGAAACAAACAGAGGCCACUCGUCAUCUCCGCCAUGGCACACAACGCCGGCGCCAACGUUCAUGACCGCGUCAACACCGUCGUCGUUGCACUCGCCCACCAGCGAUAACGCCAACGCUAACACUAGCAUCGGCGACGGCAGCGACGUGUUGGAUGCUAACACUAGCAUCGGCAACGGCAGCGAGGUGUUGGCCCCCCUCACGCCGUCGGAGAAGGCGGUGGCAGCACGCGGGUGCAAGCGGCUGCUGGACAGGGGCAGGAGGGCCUUCAUCGAGGAGCGCCUUGGGCUGCGUUCGGAGAUUGUGCACUUCGUCGGCAGUGACGUCACCCCGGAGAACGCCCUCCUCUUGGGGUUUCGAGCCGAGGAGGGGCCUUAG